UGAAAGCUGAUUGGCUGGUUCAACCUCCAGCAGCCGUUUUUGAAUUUCUGUCUUGCUUUGCAUGUUGGACUGUUUAUUUGGUAGCAGUAGCUUCAUGUAGUCAGACGAAGGGACCAUACAGAAAACCAUACAGAAAAAGAGGCCAAAGGGUUUUAAGGUUGAAAUCCCUUUGAGAUUAAAGGGUCAAGAUGACGAUUAACUUGGGUGUUAAGGCUCUUCUCAGCUGGGUCAACACCAUAAAAGUGUCAGAGACUUGCCGAGAAAUAACUAUCGACGAUUUACAAGAUGGGACAGUCCUACUGAAAGUUGUUUAUAUGCUGAAAAAGGAACCCAAUUCCUCUUUCAGUAAUACCAUUGAGGAUCGAGUCAAGCUCAUUGCAAACUUUCUGGAAAAGGAUUGCAGAUUUAGUGCAACCAGAGGCACUUCCAUAUCAUGGGACAACAUAAGCGAUGGCAUCAACCUAACCAUAGAAAUUGCAAAGGUGCUUUUGUUGCUCGUAUACCAUGACAUAAUGAAUGACCGCUGCACUCUGAACAGGCUGGAGUGUGAUGUGGAGCGAGAGAUAGCAAACCUAACUGGCUCCUUUGUGAUGGAGAGCGACGGCUGCGUUUAUCUGAGCAAUGGACUUGAUGCCUAUUUGGCGAGGAGAUAUUUGCCUGUCGCUCGAGAGAUAUUUGACCGAUCAACAACCACCUCUACCUCCAAUGUGUCGACUAUCUCCUCAUUAUCAGAUGACGAUUCCCCCGUCUUCCGCCGCACACAGAAAAUCACAUUUGUGGACAUGCAAACUGUGGCUUCCUCUUCAGUCAGCAACUCUCCUCUGCAGGAGAUCAUGAACACACCUAAAUUUCAGUUGAGGAAGAUGCAACGACAGAUGAUCAAGGAGAGAGACUACAGAGAUGGGUUGGAAAGGGAGCUGGCCUGCAAGCUUGCACUCAUUUCACAGAGAGAGUCCCAUAUUAACCAGUUGCAGUACCGCCUGGAUAAGCUGAAAGGCGAGCAAGGGGAUCAGGAGAAUGUUAUCAGGGAACAACUCAAUGAGCUUCAUACCAAGAACGACAAUUUACAAAUGCGUCUUGAUGAGAUGUUAAAGCAAAAUAAAGACCUCAAGAGUAACUCCUCACUUAUGGAGCGUAAAGUGGAUGAGCUGUCAGAUGAAAAUGGUGUACUCUCAUCCCAGGUGAGAACGGUUUGUUCACAGCUGGCCAUCUUUGAAGCAGAAGUUGGCAGGCUGACAGACGACCAAGCAUCUGCUCAGGAGGAGUGGAGAAGCAAAACAGGGCACCUACAUUCUGAACUUAACCAAGCUACCGCUCAAAAGGAGCUCCUGACUGAACAAAUUCAGAUCCUCCAGGGAAAGAUUUCCUGUUUGGAGGAUGAAAUAAGCAAGGCCACAAAGGAAGAAGUAGGAGAGAAUAUGGGACCCAUAAUGGAGAGAGAAAUGUUGGACACUGAAAUCAGCGGUUUGAAGAAUGAGCUGGAGAUCACAUUUUUCUCUCUGAAAAAGGCGGAGGAGGAUAUUGAGGCCAAAACACAGCAACUGACAGAGUAUCAACAAGAAAUGAAUCAACAAAAAGAGCUCCUGAAGCAGCAGGAGUCCCAAACUGGAGAAAUCAUUCAAGCCAAGGAUGACAUUUUAGACAAAUUGCAAAAGGAGAUCACUGAGCAGAGAGCAGCCCUUCAGCAAGAGAUCCAGCAUCUCAAGAUUCAACUUGAGCAAGUUGAGCAGCAGAAAACCGAGCAGAUGACCAGACUGCAACAGCAUAUUGCUGCAUGUGAACAAGAACUUGAAAAACUAAAGGAAAUUAAGAAAGAAAAGGAAGGCCUUCUCCAGCAGACUGAAGAAAAUGUGAAAGAUCUUGAGACAAAGUUAUCUGCUGCCAGUUCUCUCUUGGCUGAUAAAGACCAACAAAUUAACAGUCUGAGAGAAGAAGUGGACAUUCUUUCAGAUGAAACCAAAAACAACAAAAAUGAAAUUCAAGCCAAAGAGGAAAUGCUUGCCCAAUUACUUCUGGAGAAGUCUAAUGAGCAAGACAUUUUUUGUAAUAAAAUCCAGACCUUAACGGUCGAAGCGGAAGCCCUUAGCUCAUCUCUCAAACAGGCUGAGCAGGAAAUUCAACUUAAGCAAGACCUCCUGGCUAAAACCCAACUAGAGAACGUCCAACAAAGGGAGGUACUCCAACAACAGAUUGCAACCUGCGGAGAGGAGGUUCAGAAGUUGAACGAAGAGAUACAGGUAAAAAAUGAGCAGCUUGUUAUUCUAAAGAAUGACAGCUCUCGACAGUCUGAAUCGCUGGAGCAAGAGGUUGCAGGUCUGAAAGGCCAACUAGAAAGUCUGAAUGACUCUCUCAGAAAAGCCGAGGAACAAGUUCAGGCUCAGGAGGUUAAGCUCACAAAGCAGGAACAGCAAAGUGCCCAUCAGAUAGAGGUCCUGCAGCAACAACUGUCUGCUUCUGAAGAGAGGGUGAGGAGCAUGAAGGACGACAUCCAGGCUAAAGAGGAACAGAUGAACAUGUUGAAAAAUCAAAGUUCAGAGCAGUCAGAGCAACUACAUCAAGAGAUCCAAGAUUUAAAUAAACAGGUUGAGUGUCUUAGUUCCUCACUGAAGAAUGCCGAGGAGAAUUUGCAAUCCAAGGAGAAUCUGUUUGCUGAACAGCAACUACAGAGCACUCAGGAUAUGGAGGCGCACCAGGCACAGAUGGUAGCAUCGCAAGAUGAGGUGAAGAGGCUAAAUGCAGAGAUUCGUGCCAAGGAGGAGCAAUUAACUCUGCUAAAGACUGACACCUCCACACACUCUGAACUGCUACAGCAGGAGAUUGAAAGUCUGAAUAAACACAUAAAUACUAUGACCAAUUCUCUGGAGAUUGCCAAGGACCAGGCUCAAGCCAAAGAUGAUUUGAUGGCCAAGCAGGAGCAGCAGAGCACUCUGCAGAUUGAGACACUUGGAAAGCACAGUGCAGUUCUUGAGGAGGAGGUUACCCGGCUGAGGAAGGAGAUCCAAACUAAAGAGAGCGAGGUAGACCUGAUAAAGGCUGAGAGCUGCAGAGAGUCAGAAGUGCUGCAGAAUGAGAUCCAAACUCUCAGGGACCAAGUCCAAAGUUUGAACGAAUCCCUGAAGACGACAAUAGAGCAGGUUCAGGCUAAAGAAAACCUGCUGACUCAGAAGGAAACUGAGAUUUCUCAGGAAAAAGAUCAAUUUGAAAACAUGGCGACAACCUCUGAAGAGGAGAUGAGAGGGCUUAGAGAGCAGAUCCAGGCUAAAGAGGAGCAAUUGGUCACACUAGAAAAAGAGAGCUCCUUACAUUCUGACAUGCUACAGCAAGAGAUCAAAUGUCUAAAAGACCAACUUUCUACAAUGGGUGAGUCUCUCACAAAGGCUGAGGAGAAAGUUCAGACUCAGGUAGUCAUGCUCACCAAACAAGAGCAGGAGAGUGCUCAUCAGAAGGAGCUGCUGCAGCAGAAACUGUCCUCUGCAGAGGAAGAGGUGAGGAAGAUGAAAGAGGAGAUCCGAGCUAAAGAGGAGCAGAUGAUACUGCUGAAGACUGACAGCUCGUUGCAGUCGGAUUUGAGACAUCAAGAGAUACAAGAUUUAAAUAAACAGGUUGAGUGUCUUAGUUCCUCACUGAAGAAUGCUGAGGAUAAUUUUCAAUCGAAGGAGAAUCUGUUUGCUGAACAGCGACUGCAGAGCACUCAGGACAUGGAGGCGCUCCAGGCACAGAUGGUAGCAUCUCAAGAUGAGGUGAAGAGGCUAAAUGCAGGUAUUCAUGCUAAGGAGGAGCAAUUAAUUCUGCUAAAGACUGACACCUCCACACACUCUGAACUGCUACAGCAGGAGAUUGAAAGUCUGAAUGAUCAAAUAAAAAGUGUGACCAAUUCUCUGGAGAGUGCCAUGGACCAGGCUCAAGCCAAAGAUGAUUUGAUGGCCAAACAGGAGCAGCAGAGCACCCUGCAGAUUGAGACAUCUGGCAAGCACAGUGCAGCUCUUGAGGAGGAGGUUACCCGGCUGAGGGAGGAGAUCCAAACUAAAGAGAGCGAGGUAGACCUGAUAAAGGCUGAGAGCUGCAGAGAGUCAGAAGUGCUGCAGAAUGAGAUCCAAACUCUCAGGGACCAGGUCCAAAGUUUGAACGAAUCCCUGAAGAUGACAAUAGAGCAGGUUCAGGCUAAAGAAAACCUGCUGACUCAAAAGGAAACUGAGAUUUCUCAGGAAAAAGAUCAAUUUGAAAACAUGGCGACAACCUCUGAAGAGGAGAUGAGAGGGCUUAGAGAGCAGAUCCAGGCUAAAGAGGAGCAAUUGGUCACACUAGAAAAAGAGAGCUCCUUACAUUCUGACAUGCUACAGCAAGAGAUCAAAUGUCUAAAAGACCAACUUGCUACAAUGGGUGAGUCUCUCACAAAGGCUGAGGAGAAGGUUCAGGCUCAGGUAGUCAUGCUCACCAAACAAGAGCAGGAGAGUGCUCAUCAGAAGGAGCUGCUGCAGCAGAAACUGUCCUCUGCAGAGGAAGAGGCGAGGAAGAUGAAAGAGGAGAUCCAAGCUAAAGAGGAGCAGAUGAUACUGCUAAAGACUGACAGCUCGGUGCAGUCGGAUUUGAGACAUCAAGAGAUACAAGAUUUAAAGAUGCUGGUGGAGACUCUUGGCUCCUCACUGAGGAAAACUGAGGAGGAAAUGUUGUACAAGGAAGAUCUGUUGGUUCAACAAGAGCAAGAAAAUACUCAACAGAGGCAGGCUCUCCAAAGUCUUCAGGAGAAAGUUAAACAAAUGGAGAUUCUGCAUGAACAGAUUUCUUCACACGAAGAAGAGAUUCAAAAGCUAAAAGAAUCUCAGAGUGAGAAAGAAAGCCUCCUCCUCAAGGCUGAGGAGAAGCUUCAGAUACUCCAGACAGAGUUAUCUACAGUCAACACACUCAUAACUGAUAAAGACCAAAAUCUGAACACUCUCAGAGAGGAGGUCGCUACCCAGGCUAACUUGGUUCAAAAAGCAAAAGAGGAAGCUGAAGCCAAGGAGAAAAAGCUGGCUGAGAUAAAGGAGGAGAGCUCCAACCAGACAGAAGCUCUUCAACAUGAGAUCCAGGAUCUGAAAGGGGAAGUGGAAACCACUUCUCUGAAUCUUCUGGCUAAAGAGCAGAUGUUACUUGAAACUCGACGUAAGUCUGCUGAGCAGAUAGACGUCCUCCAGCAGCAUCUGAGCCAAUACAAAGACACACAAGCGGCAGACCUCAGACUGAAAGAGGCUGCACAGGUUGCCACUUCUAUGGAAAAGGAGGCUGUUGUUCAGGAAAAAGAAGUACUCAUGGCCAGGAUACUCCAGGCGGAAAAGAAUAAGAAAGCUCUGGAGAAACAACUAGAAACCAUGGUGUUGGAGAAGGAGAGACUUGCUCAAGCCAAGCAAGCCACAGAGAGAGAGAACGUGGCCUCCCAUAAACUGGAAUCUGUGCUCCAGGAGGAUCUGGAAAUAUUGAAAAUGGAGAAGCUCUUGAAAGAGAAAGAAAAAGCUGAGGAAAUUAAGACGAUAAAGAGAGACAUGCAGGAACAGCUCUCAGCUAAAUCGGAGGCUGCAGAACACUACAAGGCACAGAUGGAGAAGGCAGUGAGUCAUUACAAUGGCAAGAAACAGCUUCUCCAGGAAAGCCAAGAGGAGGUGGUUGAACUCAAGCAUUCCUUAGAGGUUAAAGAGCGUGAAGUAAAGGCUACUACCAUGGAAAACAAGCUUCUUCAAAUGGAUUUGGACAAGGCCCAAACCAACGAGAAGGCACUUUUGAACAGGGUGGCCAAUUUGGAGGCACAGCUGGCAUAUGCUGACCGUAACCUAAGGGUACAGAAUAAAAUUCAUGGCAAUGAAGGAAGUGCAAGAGAGUCGUGUUACUUGGAGGUUCCCAAUGCACACUCAAGUAUUCACACUAGAGCACAGGUGAAGAGGUCCAUGAGCUCCGACAGCCUGGACCAGAGCUCUCUGGAAGACUCUUUGAACACCACCAGGAAACUUUCAGCGCCUGAUGAAUCAAGCACACCGCUUGUUCGCAGUUCAGAGCGCUUGGCAGCUAAACGCCGAGGUCUACAGGCAGAGUCACUGGAAACGCUGUACUUUACACCUAUAAACACCAGACACAUCAACAGGACCCUUACAGAUCGCACAAUGGAACUGGAUUCAGCCUGCAAAAAUCCAACUUCAUCUGUCAAACGACGCAGGACCACACAGGUUAUAAACAUCACCAUGACCAAGAAAACCCCAGGCAGCGGUGACAAUGAUGAGACUUUCUACAGUCUGGCCUCAGCUCGCUCCCAACCAAACCUCUCCAGUGCACGACCUGUGAAUAUGGAGCUGUUUGACACACCUGCCAGAAUGACUGGCUCUGCCAGCGACCAGCUCAUCGGUCUUCCAGGGUACAGACGGAGCGCUGUCCUUUCACAGAAUGCUAGUACGUUCUGUGCGGGGGCAGAGAACGAGCCAGACGGUGGACCUGAAGACUGGAUGAGGAUUGCUGAGCUCCAGGCCAGGAACAAGGCCUGCCUUCCUCAUCUGAAGAGCAGCUACCCUGUGGAGUCUGAUGCUCGCCGUGGCAGUACAUUCCAUUUCACAGACGAAGAACUCCGUAUGGGUGACCCAUCUGAAACAAUCCGUCGGGCGUCCACGAUGCCCGGCCAGCUGCAAGACUCUCUCGCCUCUCAUAGGCACUCCCUCAUGAUGGGACACUCAGGUGCCGCUGCCAGUACUCGUUCUCAUCGUCUGUCCUUGAUGCCAGGCCAGCUGCCAUCAAAAACCGUCAGCUCGAAAGGCGCAAAGCGGUCUUCAUCUACACUGUCUGUACAUCAAACUUCGCCUGAGAAAAGGGUGAGGGCCAGCUGCUUCCCCCGUCCGCUCACUCCCAAAAACAAGACUGUGGUCAGUGGACCUUCAAGCUCUAAGAUUCACCCUGCCCUCAGUCCAGCUGAUCGGAGGCAGUCUAUGAUGUUCAGUAUUGAAAACACCCCUAAAAACAGCAACUACCUUAAGAAAGGGCUGGACAGACUGCGCAGCUCCACCCGUAAAUCCCCAGGCAAUCGUUCAAAGAAGUUGCCUGCUCCGACAUCUGCUCGCAAAGAAAAAAACAUGCCUUCAGGAAGUUCCCGUCCUGGAGGGGUACGAGCAGGCCGAAUUGGCAGCUCUAAGUCGCCCCAGGUGGCGACUAAAGGGCAGAAAGCCAUCAGCAGGUCUGCAAAGUCUCCUCUGACGACUAGCGCUCGCAAGAAACAUGCGUCUGUAAAUGAAGACAAUCUUGCUGGAAUUCUUAAAAGAUGAUGAGCAGGAUGAAGAUGUGAGGACUGGUUCCCAAAUUGGAGUUCUGAUCAUCUACGGUUCUACUUGAUCAUACGUUUUGUUUUUCCACUACAACUUUGUUUUUAUUGUUGUCCUUCAGGGGCUUUUGACAAUCUUGUCUUAAUCUUCUUUUAUUUCCUUUGUAUUAUAUUUACAUGUUCGUCAAUAAAGAGUUUUAAAUGACA